AUGUUACCGGCUGGAAAGAUGUCGGACGAGAAGCUGAGGAGGGAGUUGGUGUCCCUUGGCUACACUCCGGGGCCUAUAACAGAUAGCACGCGCAAUAUCCUGGAGAAGAAGCUUCAGAAGUUACGUGCAGAGGCUAAGAAAUCUCAACGCACCAGCCGAAGCAGCGACAACGCCAGGAGAAGUCUGCACCGGGAACCACGAGAUGACAGUGACCACGAGGUUGACGACAGCCCGAAGAGGGACACGGCCGAGGGCCGGAGACUGAAGGAGAGGGGCCAGAGGAGGGUAGAAGAUACCCUGCUGGAUGGUGAAGCAGAUGAUAGCAGGGAGAGGGCUUCCGUGUCAGGGGUCAUCCCAGGAAGAAGAUCUCUCGGCUAUAGUACAUACACUAGUGACAUCCCUGAGAGACGCCUCCUCACUAGUGACAUCUCUGAGAGACACCACCUCACUAGUGACAUCCCUGAUAGGAGAUCCCUCGGCUAUAGUUCAUACACUAGUGACAUCCCUGAGAGACACCACCUCACUAGUGACAUCCCUGAGAGACACCACCUCACUAGUGACAUCCCUGAGAGACACCUCCUCACUAGUGACAUCCCUGGGAGAAGCUCCCUCAUCUAUGAUAGAUACACUAGUGACAUCCCUGACAGAAGCUCCCUCAGCUAUAGGAGCUACCUAAGUGACAUCCCUGACAGAAGCUCCAUUGGUUAUAAGAGGUAUCCAAGUGACAUCCCAGAGAGCACCCUUGUCUCUAAGAGGUAUCCAAGUGACAUCCCUGACAGAAGCUCCAUUGGUUAUAAGAGGUAUCCAAGUGACAUCCCAGAGAGCAACUCCCUUGGUUAUGAUAGAUACUCCAAUGAACUGAGGUUCAGACCCAUAGGUGAAAGGAUCACAAGUCCAAAUAUCUCUAGCACUACCACUGCUCCGGGCCCUUUGUCUUACAAAACUCACCCAGACCUCUGCCAGGAAAAAGUCUCUCAUUCAAAACCAGCCUGGUCCAAAAAGCUGGAGCACUACCUGUCAAGACUGUUGUGGCUGCUGUGUGUCAUUGUGGUUCUGGUCUUUGCUGGUAUCCUAGUUGUGAAGAGUGGCAUCCUGAGCAUAUCACAGGACAAUGACAUGAAACUGCUUCCUUCUGACUGUGAAGGCAGAGGAGAUCCGUUUUGCAAAACGAAGCAGAAGGAAAUUACUCUUCAGAUCUUGUCAGAAUUGUAUGAUUUUUUGUCCUUAGAGGCCGGUGGUUAUGUGUGUGGAAACCCAUCUGAUCUGACUAGUAAAUGUAUUCCAGUUAAAAGAGCUGAAGAGCAUGUGAUGAAUGUUAGUGGAUAUGGAGCAGAGAAAUUUGAUGCUGCAUUGGACUGGUUGCUGAGCAGUGACAAACAUUUUGGCAUAUGGGUAAAGGGUAAGGAUUCUGAAAAACUUGCCACUAAGAGGACGGACGUCUUUUGUCUUGAAUCUUCUAAGCCUAGACUUGGAUUUGUUUGCCGAUUGAAGAAUGCACUUUACACUGCAAUUUCAAACCUCUUUUUGGCUCUUCUUGGUAUCUUCAUGCUUUGGAUAUUAUUGAUUUUUUUGAGAUAUCAUUGGCAAAGGUUGGAAGAAGAGGAGAAGCAGAUGUUUGCAAUGGUAGAGAAAAUCAUUGAUGUUGUGAAACACCAUUACAAGGAUUGGACUUCAGGAAUAGAGCAGAAUCCAUAUAUUGGUAUCCUGCAUGUGAGAGAUUCAUUGAUAAUGCCUCAAGACAGGAAACGUUUAAAGAAAGUCUGGGACCGUGCAGAACAGUUUGUUAAUAAUGAAUCCCGUGUCCGUACAGAACAGCAGCGUGUAGCUGGUGCCAAUUUGAAUGUGUGGCGAUGGAUACAAACGCGGAAUGAACAUCCAAGAUAAAUGCUGUGCUUUAAUUUUGUGCAAUCUACAAAUAAAUUGAUGGGUGAUGGUGUUCUGCAGCAGUUUGCUUUAGUUGCGCAAAUUUUGAUAUAAGUACCAUAAUCACCAAAAGUAUUACCUAAGCGUUAUGAGCUGUGGUUAAAUUGAGCAACAGUCUUGCCUUCUUGCUUUUGUAUGACAUACUAGUUUAUGAAAUGUUUUACAGUCACACUGCCGAAAGUUUAAAGUGCAGUCAAUUUGUACAAUUUUUUACAUUUUUUAUUUACAAAUAUUUUGUACUGCAUUGAAUACUUUCAGAAAUGUUCAGUUAUGAUGUGUAGAAUAAUUUCCUCCUUCGUAAUAUGCCAACUGUGGUUAUUUUCAGCUUUUUUUUUUUUUUAUACCCACUGCACUGUCCGGGCCUUCCUGUGUAAUGUAAAGAGCCAACCACCAUACUAGCUUGUUAUCUCCAUCCCCUUCUCUAGACCCUUUGCUGUUUAAGUGUAAUUCCUUUAUAAGUAGGAAGGGGUUGUGGGAGGGGGAGGGAAUGGGUGGUGUAUGCGAUGUUGUAAUUUGUUCUUGCAGGGGCUCAUGGGAGAUCUAGACACUUGCUGUCUCCUCGCUUGGCUGCUCCCGUUCUGGACGGUGGUUAUUCUUCUGCACAGCAGAGAUGUUGUUUAUAAGCAGCAGCAGAGAGGCAGAAAAUUCAAUUAUUGGAGAAUAACACAACACCUGCAGUAUUGGAAAUAACUGUUUCAGUGCCAAAGCUGUAUUCAUGUAGUCUGAAUGCACCUUCUUCAAAGCUUCACAGAAAAUAAAGGCUAUUGCUACAAUAAUCCUUUCCGUGCUGUAUAACAUUAAAUAAAUUAAGUCAUAUUGAACAUAA